GUCUCCGCGGUUCUAUAAGUGCGGUUCUGAUCCAGUAAAGCCCAGUAUGAGCGGUCCGGUAUGAAGCCGUCCGGAGCCGCGCGCUGUGAUCUGAACGAGCUGCCCGCGGAGGAUAAGCGGGUGCGGCGGCUCGUGCGGGAGCUGCGGGAGCGCGCGGAGCGGGAGGCGUUCAGCAGAGUCCAGCAGGAUCUGACCGACCCGUUCCUGCUGAAGUUUCUCCGAGCCCGGGACUUCGAUCUGGACCUCGCUCUGAAACUGCUGAUUAACUAUCAUAAAUGGAGGCAGGAGUGUCCUGAAAUCAGCGCUAACCUCCAGCCCUCCUCCGUCAUCGGCCUUCUGAAGAACAAUUACCACGGGGUUCUGAAAUCCAGAGACGAUGCUGGGAGUAGAAUUCUAAUCUACAGGAUCAGUCAGUGGAAUCCGAAGGAGUUCUCAGCGUACGAGGUUUUCCGGGUGAGCCUCAUAACGUCAGAGCUGAUCGUCCAAGAGAGAGACACUCAGAUCAAUGGUCUGAAGGCUAUUUUUGACCUGCAGGGCUGGUGCUUUGCUCACGCUUUCCAGAUAAAUCCGUUCUUGGCAAAGAAGAUUUCAAGUGUACUUACAGAUUCCUUUCCGUUAAAAGUUCGAGGCAUCCAUCUGAUCAACGAGCCCAUAUUUUUCCGUCCAGUCUUUAAGAUGAUUCGACCAUUCCUACCAGACAAGAUAAAACAACGGGUUCACAUCCACGGCAGCUCCUACACGGCGAGUCUUUACGAGCACUUCCCAAAGGCUAUCUUCCCGCCAGAGUAUGGAGGAACCGGGCCGGGCCUGGCGGAAGCGUGUGAGGAGUGGACGGACUUCAUCAUGCAGUCUGAGGACUAUCUCCAGAGACUCUCUGUGGAUUUAGGAGGUGACUCCUCUCAGGGCAGCUCCUCCGGCCAUUGUUGACCCUUUAAAACAUCUCAACACUGUGCUGCUAGUUUUGGGUGGUGUUUCAAGACUGCUUUUGCUAAAAUAGGUUAAUAUUGUAUUAUUAGACUUAAUUAAAAGCAACAGGAAGUUGCUUUAAACAUUUUAUGCACAGAAAUACAUAUACAGUAUAACUUUAAGAGCUCUAUAAAUGACUAAUUUUGUAUAUGCUGUAAUUUACUGAACAGCAAAUGAAAAAUAAUAUUUUUACAUUUUUAUUAUUGUAGAAUUUAGAAAUUUUAGUGAUAAUUUAGCUCAGAAAGAGUAUAGCAGACAAGAUCAUGAAGAAUUUUGUACAUUUUCACUUCUCAGCUUUUGGCACUGCCAGGAAAUGACAUUCCAGCUAAAAAGUAUUUUUCUGAAUGUUGCAGUUAAGAUUUUUAGAACGUUCGAUCUGUCAAGUUUUUUGGAUGUUCUUAAAACCUUUUAAUUUAACAUUUUAAACGUUGUGAUGCAAAUCAUUAUCAUGUCACACGUUUUCAGAAUGUUCCUGGAACAUUGUUUCUGUAAUGUAACAGGCUAACCUUCCUGGAAUCUAUUCAAUACCUUGCCAAACGAUCUUAUAAUGCUCUCUGUUAGCUGGGAGCGGUGCUUGAGUGUUUGUGAACCUCAAAAAUGUUCCAUUUUCCGUAUAAAUUUGACCUAAAUUGAGAUUAGAUCGAUAUCACGUCUGAAAACUAAAAACAAAUGAUGAAUGUAACUGAAAGUAGCUGAAUACAUUUAUUAGAAACGCAUAAAAGGCAUGGACUUAUUCUCUUAAUUAAUUAUAGGUGUGUUUUAGGCGUAAUCAAUAAAUAAUAAUAAACAAAUCAGCAAUUCCCUAUAAGAUCCGGGUGUGCUCUGAUUUUGGCGGAUUGCUAUUUCAGAGUCGCUUCUUAGCAGCGGAAACUGACCUUCUCAUUCAUUUUGUUUAUUGCUGAUGUAAAAGUUUGUCAGAGUAAUCUUUGACGUUAUAUUGUUUUGUUUAGAAAUAUUAGCCCCAAGUUAAUGGACUAAAUAGGAAAAUAUGUAAAAUAAUUUGCUCACAGACACAUUCUGCUAAUCGACAUCACCCUUUGGAGUGAUGAGGGGAAAGAGCGCCAUCUACCCAGCCGAUCAUAGUGGCACCACUAUAGACUUCUAUGUAUUUAAGCUCCUCCUGACAGCAUUAUACAGCUCAGGAAUAAUAAAGAGACCACUUCAGUUUCUGAAUCAGUUUCUCUGAUUUUGCUAUUUAUAGGUUUAUGUUUGAGUGAAAUGAACAUUGUUGUUUUAUUCUAUAAACUAUUAACAAACAUUUCUCCCAAAUUCCAAAUAAAAAUAUUGUCAUUUAAAGCAUUUAUUUGCAGGAAAUGAGAAAUGGCUGAAAUAACAAAAAAAAAGAUGCAGAGCUUUCAGCCCUCAAAUAAUACAAAGAAAACGUAAAAGUUCAUAUUCAUAAAGUUUUAAGAGUUCAUAAAUCAAUAUUUGGUCGAAUAACUUUGGUUUUCAUGCAUUUUGGCAUGUUCUCCUCCACCAGUCUUACACACUGCUUUUGGAUAACUUUAUGCCGCCACUCCUGGUGCAAAAAAAAAAAAAAAAAAAGUAGCUCAUCUUGGUUUGAUGGGGUGUGAUUUUAUAUCUUUCUCUUGAUUAUAUUCCAUAUCUAUAUUAUAUUCCAUAUUCAUUUUGGUAAAAUUAUAUAAACUCAUCAUUUUUAAGUGGUCUAUUAUUUUUUUCCAGAGCUGUAUAUUAUAUAGAGCAGCACAAUGCUACACCCUCUAAUUUUAUGAUUAGUGAUGAAGUUCUGAUCACAUUUCAGGUCAUAUCUGUGCAUUAAUGCAAAACUUUGGAAAGGUUUCACAAUCAUUCUAACAUAAUAUAUAAGGAAUCAUAAUAUAUAAUAUAUACAGAUCAUCAGAGUGAGGUGUUGUUUAUAGGAUGGGUCAAUGCUGUUAGCACAUAUAUAUACAUAAGUUAACAUAAAUAUAAAUAUAUGUAUAUAAUAACAGAAGGAGAGAAGACUUUACUGCACAACUACAACACUGUGACGUCUGUUAUUCUGUCUAGUUGAACUCUGGUGUGUUUUUAUUCCAUGUACUAAAUGAGGGAAAGUUCAGGGCAGGAUUUUUUCCACACCGGACUGAACCAGCACUCACUUUGAACCGCUAAACACCACUAUUAUCAGUGCAACAUGUCUGUCAUCUGUAACUGCAGCACAUAGUUUGCAUGGUUUCUGUUCCGUCCUGAUCUGCACGUACUCAAACUUCAGGUUACACUGGAUUUAGUUGAAAUCUACAGACAAAACUUUGCUAACGAUGUUCACAUUUAAAUCAAGUACUUUCAUUACAUUCUUUUUCAGUAUAAGAAGCAAAACUCAGGGGACUUCCAUACGUCAGAUUCUUUAAAAACGAUUCCGAUGUCUUACUUUUAUGUGGUAAAGCAUUUACUGUUAAAUACUUGAAUGUGUUAAAGUACUUUACUUUUACUAUAGUACAGAUUCUGUUCUUUUAAUCUAGCUGGUAAAGCUUCAGUAGCCAUACUUUCACUAUUUUAGAGCAUAAUAUUUUUAAUUGAGUUGGAAUUGUCCUACAGUACCUAUAUUGUCACUCUUUUAAUUGAGUUAUAUUGUGAUACAGUAACUUUCCUUUAUUAUCAUACAAUUUCUGCCCAUUUAAUUGAGUUAGAUUGUUUUACAGUACCCAUAGUUUCACUAUAGAACAGUUUAUGUGUUUUUAAUUUAGUUAUAUUGUGAUACAGUACCCAUAUUUUCACUAUAGUACAGGUUCUACUCUUUUAAUUGAGUUAGAUUGUUUUACAGUACCCAUAGUUUCACUAUAGUACAGUUUCUGUGUUUUUAAUUGAGUUAGAUUGUGAUACAGUACACAUAUUUUCACUAUAGUACCGUUUCUGUGUUUUAAAUGAGUUAGAUUGUUUUACAGUACCCAUAGUUUCACUAUAGGACAGUUUCUGUGUUUUUAAUUGAGUUAGAUUGUGAUACAGUGCCCAUAUUUUCACUAAAAUACAGGUUCUGCUCUUUUAAUUGAGUUAGAUUGUGAUACAGUACUCAUAUUUUCACUAUAAUACAGUUUCUGCUUCUAUAAUUGAGUUAUACCGUGAGACAGUACCUGUACUUUCGAUAUAGUACUGUUUUUGCUCUUUUAAUUGAGUUAGAUUGUUAUACAGUACCCAUACUGUCACUAUAGUACAGUUUAUGCUUGUGAUACAGUAUUUGUACUAUAAUUACAGAAGUCUUUUUUUAUUAAUUAAUUUAGAUUGUAAUACUGUAUCCGGACUCUGUAGUACAGUUUCGGCUCUUUUAAUUGAGUUAGAUUAAAAUACAGUGCCUAUACUUUCACUAUAUUACAGCUUAUGUUUUUUUUAAUUGAGUUAGAUUGUUAUAUAGUACCCAUACUGUCACUAUAGUACAGUUUAUGCUUGUGAUACAGUACUUUUACUUUUGCUUUUACUACUAAUUGAGUUAGAUUAAAAUACAUUGCCCAAUUUUUUACUAUAUUACAGUUUAUGCUCUUGUAAUUGAGUUAGGUUGUACCGAAACAUGUGUAAAAGUGUGCUCUUUGCUCAGUCCAGCUCUGUUCAGUUGUAUGGCUACGUUAGUGAGACGCCCCUUUGCUCCGCUGCCCUUUGCUCCUGGUUCGGGUUGGUAAAUACUGCUAGGCGUUGUUGACUUUCCUGAACUGGGCAUGUUGGCCAAUAUAUUUCAUUCCUGCUCAUCAUUUAGUCAACUCAGAUUUUCAUCUGCAUUUACAGUUUUAUUACUGUAUGUCUGCCUGAGUGAAGACGGUUUACAGUGUUUAUGCUGAAACUGAAACUACCUGAAGAAAAUGCCUUACAUGCACUCUUCACUGGGUCUUAUGUGGAGUUAUGUUUACAGUAAACGGUCACAUUUAUUCUUUGUAUAUAAAAUAUUAAACAACCAGUGUCUCAAAA